GAGCAGAUGGUCCUCCCCAUGGUGGAAUUCAGUAUGAAAUGGUGACAGUUUUCAAGGACGGGAGCCCAGUCCUUCGAGACAUGGCCUUCUCCAUCGAUCAGAAGUAUCUGUACGUCAUGUCAGAGCGACAGGUGUCCCGGGUGCCCGUGGAGUCCUGCGAGCAGUACACGACCUGCGGCGAGUGCCUGAGCUCGGGAGACCCCCACUGCGGCUGGUGCACGCUCCACCACAUGUGCUCGCCGAGGGACAGCUGCGAGCGAGCCGAGGAGCCGCACCGCUUCGCAGGCAGCAUCGGGCAGUGCAUGAGGGUCAGCGUGCAGCCCAGCAGCCUCUCCGUCUCCGAGCACAGCCUCCCGCUCAGCCUGCUGGUGAGCGAUGCUCCGGACCUGGCGGCCGGGGUCACCUGCCUCUUCGGCAACCUGACUGAGGUGGAAGGGCAGGUUUCGGGCAGCCGCGUUGUCUGUGUUUCACCAGCAGCGAAAGACGUUCCUGCCAUACCUGUGGAUCAGGACUGGUUCGGCGUGGUGCUGCAGCUGAAGUCGCGGGAGACAGGGAGGACGUUUGUCAGCACGGAGUUCAAGUUCUACAACUGCAGUGCCCACCAGCUGUGCCUGUCUUGUGUGAACAGCGCGUUCCGCUGCCACUGGUGCAAGUACCGGAACCUUUGCACCCACGACCCCACCACGUGCUCCUUCCAGGAGGGACGGAUCAACGUCUCUGAGGACUGUCCCCAGCUCUUCCCCACAGAGGAGAUCCUGAUCCCGGUGGGAGAGGUGAAACCCAUCACGCUGAAGGCGAGAAACCUGCCCCAGCCCCAGUCGGGCCAGCGCGGGUACGAGUGCGUCCUCAGCAUCCAGGGCGUGAUCCACCGCGUGCCUGCCCUGCGCUUCAACAGCUCCAGCGUCCAGUGCCAGAACAGCUCGUACCUCUAUGAUGGGAUGGACAUCAGCAACUUGGCAGUGGACUUUGCUGUGGUUUGGAACGGGAACUUUGUUAUCGACAACCCGGAGGAUCUGAAAGUGCACCUCUACAAGUGCGCGGCCCAGCGCGAGAGCUGCGGGCUGUGCCUCAAAGCCGACCCCAAGUUCGAGUGCGGGUGGUGCAGCGGCGAGGCCAAGUGCACGCUGCGCCCGCACUGCGGCGCCGCCUCCGCCCAGCCCUGGCUCGACUGGUCCAGCCGCAACGUCAAGUGCUCCAACCCUCGCAUCACCGAGAUCCUGACAGUGUCAGGCCCCCCAGAAGGAGGGACGAGGGUGACCAUCCGUGGUGUGAACCUGGGCCUGGAUUUCUCCGAGAUCGCCCACGGGGUGCAGGUUGCCGGGGUGCAGUGCACGCCCCUGCCCGAGCACUACGUCGUCGCAGAACAGAUCGUCUGUGAAAUGGGGCAGGCGCUUCCAGGGAUCAGCUCCGGCCCAGUGCUCCUGUGCAUCGGAGAGUGCAAGCCCGAGUUCACGGCCAAGUCCACGCAGCAGUACAUGUUCGUGACCCCAGCGGUGAGUUUUCUGAAUCCCAGCCGCGGGCCGGAGUCGGGAGGGACCAUGGUGACCAUCUCCGGGCACUACCUGGGAGCCGGCAGCCGCGUGUCCGUGCUCCUGGGAAACCAGACCUGCGAAUUCUACGGGCGAUCCAUGAACGAGAUCGUCUGUGUGUCGGCCCCGUCAGCCCACGGCCUGGGGGCUGUUCACGUCUCCGUCAGCGUCGACCGGGCUCAGCUGGAGCGGACUUUGCUGUUCGAGUACAUCGACGACCCGAAGGUGCAGCACAUCGAACCCGAGUGGAGCAUCGCCAGCGGACACACGCCUCUGACUGUCACCGGCUCCAACCUGGACGUGAUCCAGGAGCCGAGGAUCCGUGUCAAGUACAACGGCAAGGAGUUCGUCAACGUCUGCAAGGUGGUGAACGCCACGGCGCUGGCCUGCCUCGCGCCCCCCCUCACCGCUGAGUACCGGCCCGGCCUGGACGCCGUCGAGCGGCCGGACGAGUUUGGGUUUAUCUUUAACAACGUGCAGUCUCUGCUGGUCUACAACGACACCAAAUUCAUAUACUACCCCAACCCGACGUUUGAACUCCUGAGCCCGACUGGGGUGCUGGAGCAGAAGCCGGGGUCACCCAUCAUCCUGAAGGGCAGAAACCUGUGCCCACCCGCUCCUGGAGGGGCAAAGCUCAACUACACCGUGCUGAUCGGAGAAACGCCCUGCGCCGUCACCGUCUCCGAGACCCAGCUGCUGUGCGAGCCACCGAACCUCACCGGACAGCACAAAGUGAUGGUGCGUGUUGGUGGUCUCAUCUUCUCCCCUGGUUCGGUGAGCAUCCUCUCAGACAGCCUCCUGACCCUGCCAGCCAUCGUCAGCAUCGCGGCCGGAGGCAGCCUGCUCCUCAUCAUCGUCAUCAUCGUCCUCAUCGCCUACAAGCGCAAGUCCCGAGAGAACGACCUGACCCUCAAGAGGCUGCAGAUGCAGAUGGACAACCUGGAGUCCCGCGUGGCCUUGGAGUGCAAGGAGGCUUUUGCAGAGCUGCAGACCGACAUCAAUGAAUUAACCAGCGACCUGGAUCGCUCGGGGAUCCCGUACCUCGACUACCGGACGUACGCCAUGAGGGUCCUUUUCCCCGGCAUCGAGGACCACCCAGUCUUGCGGGAGCUGGAGGUCCAAGGGAACGGGCAGCAGAGCGUGGAGAAGGCCUUGAAGCUCUUUGCUCAGCUGAUAAACAACAAAGUCUUCCUGCUGACCUUCAUCCGCACGCUGGAGCUGCAGCGCAGCUUCUCCAUGCGCGAUCGUGGCAACGUGGCCUCGCUCAUCAUGACGGGCCUGCAGGGCCGCCUGGAGUACGCCACCGACGUGCUGAAGCAGCUGCUCUCUGACCUCAUCGAGAAGAACCUGGAAAACAAGAACCACCCCAAGCUGCUCCUGCGCAGGACCGAGUCGGUGGCUGAGAAGAUGCUGACUAACUGGUUUGCCUUCCUCCUCCACAAGUUCCUCAAGGAAUGUGCUGGAGAGCCGCUCUUCAUGCUCUACUGUGCCAUCAAGCAACAGAUGGAGAAAGGUCCGAUUGAUGCCAUCACAGGAGAAGCCCGUUACUCCCUCAGCGAGGACAAGCUGAUCCGGCAGCAAAUAGAGUACAAGACUCUGAUCCUAAACUGUGUGAACCCGGAUAAUGAGAACAGUCCAGAGAUCCCUGUGAAGGUGCUGAACUGUGAUACCAUCACUCAAGUCAAGGAGAAGAUCCUCGAUGCAGUAUACAAAAACGUCCCCUAUUCUCAAAGACCAAGAGCUGUUGACAUGGACCUGGAGUGGCGGCAGGGCCGGAUAGCUCGUGUGGUCCUGCAGGAUGAAGACAUCACCACCAAGAUCGAAGGAGAUUGGAAGCGCUUGAACACCUUGAUGCAUUAUCAGGUAUCAGACCGCUCAGUCGUGGCUCUCGUUCCCAAACAAACCUCCUCCUACAAUAUUCCUGCCUCUGCCAGUAUAUCCCGGACUUCUAUCAGUAGAUACGACUCCACCUUCCGCUACACCGGCAGCCCCGACAGCCUGCGCUCCCGGGCCCCCAUGAUCACCCCCGACCUGGAGAGCGGGGUCAAGGUCUGGCACUUGGUCAAAAACCACGACCACGGCGACCAGAAGGAAGGAGACCGGGGCAGUAAGAUGGUGUCUGAGAUCUACCUGACCAGGCUGUUAGCUACAAAGGGUACGCUGCAGAAAUUUGUGGACGACCUGUUUGAGACGCUGUUCAGCACCGUGCACCGCGGCAGCGCGCUCCCGCUCGCCAUCAAGUACAUGUUCGAUUUCCUGGAUGAGCAGGCGGACAAACACGGCAUCCACGACACCGACGUCAGGCACACGUGGAAGAGCAAUUGCCUCCCUCUCCGAUUCUGGGUUAAUGUAAUCAAAAACCCCCAGUUUGUGUUCGAUAUCCACAAAGGCAGCAUCACGGACGCCUGCCUCUCUGUUGUGGCUCAGACCUUCAUGGAUUCCUGCUCCACCUCGGAGCAUCGCCUGGGCAAGGAUUCCCCCUCCAACAAGCUGCUGUACGCCAAGGACAUCCCCAGCUACAAGAGCUGGGUGGAGAGGUAUUACGCGGACAUCGCCAAGCUCCCCGCCAUCAGCGACCAGGACAUGAACGCCUACCUCGCCGAGCAGUCGCGCCUGCACUCCGCCGAGUUCAACAUGCUGAGCGCGCUCAACGAGAUCUACUCCUACGUCAGCAAGUACAGCGAAGAGCUCAUUGGGGCUUUGGAGCAGGAUGAACAGGCACGUAGGCAGCGUCUGGCAUACAAAGUAGAGCAACUUAUUGGUGCCAUGUCUAUUGAGAGCUGAAGAAAGGUUGCGGUGCUCACAGACGGCAAAGGGCAGAGGGUUGCCCAGACUCUCGGGAAUUAAGAGGGAGAACAGGAAAGAAAGGCGCUGGACACACAUAAAUACCAAGGCUCUUCUGGAGGGAGCAGAGACUGGCCCAAGGACUGAGUGUUCAAAAUCGUACAGGAUCCGGUUUGAAAAGGCAGGAAGAAAAAAAGAAAAAAAAACAACAAAGCAUCUCAAAGUCAAACCAAGACGGAUCACUUCUUCAAGUAUACAUGGAAAGAAGGAACCUGGAAAGUCUGGAUGUCUCCAUGACUGCUGCUUUGCAUGAAAAUUGUUUGAUGUAUAUUAGAAAAUAAAACUUUAUUUAAAGUUUUUUUUUUUUUUUUAAAAAAAAAAAAAAGAAAAAGGAAUAAAAAAAAGAAGAUAAAUAGAGCAAAAACCACAGAGGCCACAGAGAUAAUCCUGGCGACAAGAUCCAGCUCUGAAUCCUGUCCUUGAGACACUCCCGAGGACGUGGCUCGGGGGCUCUGCGAAUGGACUCUUACACCAAUUGGAAAGUCCGGAAAAUGGAAAUUUUCCUCUUUUUGGGAUCUUACAAAAAUUAUGAGCACAAGUUUGCACCACACCUUUUUACACAAGUAAAAUAGCAGUUUAGCCAGAGAAUAGUUCAGUGGCUGAGGAACUUAUAGGCACUAGAAGAAACUUUACCUGAAUUGCAAAACCAUCAGAUCGUCCAACCUGUCUUGAAAUCCAGCUUUAUCUAUGUAUUUAUAUAGUGUCAAUAUAUAUAUAUUUUUUUUAAUUCCCAUUUACUGUCGAACGAGGAGAGAUCUGAUUUUAAACGCUUUCCCCUUUCCCCCCCGUUCCGCCUGGCUGGGUGCUGCGGGUGCCGCCGAGCAGCAGCGGCCGCCCCGCCCCGCUGGGCAGAGCCGGGAUGGAGCCUCCUCGGUUGCGUUUUGGUGGCGGUUUCUGGCAGCUGCCUCUGAUUUCUUGCAGUAAAAACCAACAAACCCCCAAUGUUUACAGUGAGCGAUACUUGAAAAGACUCGACGUAGCGAGAUAUUUAUUGCUUUUCUGUUUGACCUGCAGAGUUGAUCAGCACAGGCUCCCUUUGAGUUUCUCUGCCAGCGUUCGCAGUGUCGCCCGGGGUCAGGCGCAGGACUUGUAUUUCCACUAGGGAGGGGAAGGAAAUCUUUGCUCUAGGCAAGGGAAAACCUCAACCAGCACUCCACAGGCCAGCUAGCGCUGCUGUCUUGUCUCCGUCUCAGUGUCUCGUUGUCAUAUUCAGUUCCUCGUUGGCCCCGGCGACGUGUGUUCUUGUGGCCAGUGAUGGGCAAAUGUUUGUGAGUGUUAUUUCUUUCAAAGACACCAAAGCUUAUGUGUGUCCCUUUGUAGAGCGCCAGGAGGGGAAGGAACGCUGUAAAUAUUUCUCUCUGUAAUAAAUAUUGAUAUUUGUGCAGGCCGCAGUGGGGAGGACAGGGCGAUUAGGUCUAAUGGAAAGACAAGUAUUGACUGCAUGAGCUUGGCAGUGGCAGCAAAACAGCUCCCAGGCUCUGCUCAGCCCUGCCCGGGCAGUGCCGCGCCGGACUGGGGCCUUAGUUUGCAGCCAGUGUGUGUUGAAGGAAAAAUCCAUUUUCAAAUCCAUCCCCCUCCUCCACCGUUCCUGCCCAGAAGAGCCCGGGAGGGUCCCCACGGGCUCCCCGUGCGCUGGGAGAGCUGCCGGCUUUUGGUCUCGAGAUGCCGUCCUGAGGGGAGCCAGCACCAGGGGAGAAGCAUGGAGAGAAAUACUCAGGAAACUUAUUAAUUUUAUUACCGUUCAGUAAAAGCCAUGCCAAGUCCACUUUCUUUUGGUAAUCCACUUCUCAGAGUUUCUCUGGGCCCUGUUAAUACUCUGGAAGAAAAUACUAACGAUAAUGAUCAACCUUGUGCAAUAAGUUCUUGACAUUUACAACAGCCCGAGCUUUGUAACUGGAGGACUUGGAUUUACUGAGACACGAGGGAGCUGGCAGGAACAGAGGGACCGAGAAGCAGAGCAGGAUUCGCAGUGCCCAUUAUCGGGAGAGUUCCCUUCCCGGGGAUCCCUCUCCCUCACAGUGAAUCUAACGUCAAAGACAGAAAAUGUGCAAAUGUCUGGGUUGUCCUGUUAAAGUCUGCCGGGUGGAGCCCAGCGCCUCGGCCGUGGUGAAGGAGCCGUCAUCGCCCGCCCUGCUCUUUGCUGCUGGUGUUACAGGGGAUCGCAGAGUGUCAGGUUUUGAAAUCCUCCGGGGCUCAUUUUCUCCUGGUUUCUGUCACUGCUGCUCACAGCGAUCCGGCACGCAGCUGGUGUGAGCGAUCUCCAGUUCUCUGGUCUAGUUGUGGUCGUUGUUUUGGCUAGUCGUAUUCAGAGCAUUCACCAAAUUCUGACGGUACUCUGAAACCCAAAGAAAGCUCUCCGCAUGCUUUCCAGUUUCCAAACGUGUCUUAAGUGUUAGUCUGAACCGUUGUCUGUGCGGGAUUCACAAAACGUGAGUUCUGCCCAAAGCAAAGACCUGGCUUUUCAUCACCUGGGUGUUGGUGAAUGUGUGCUUGUCCCACAGCCCGAGUCAGGGCCUCCUCGUCCCCUUUUCUUCACAUCUAUUUAAGAGGCUUUUGCGUUUUUAAGCCUGUUUUCCUCCUCCUGCUCUCCACCGUCGGGGCAGGAGCACCCUAUAAGCAAACCUGUUGUCAUUCCCCCCUCCUCGGUAUUUUCUCAGCCGUCCCCCGGGUUUGUCGGGCUGUGCUGAGGGAGGGUUCUGCAGGCACCCAGCGGCGAUGCCACCGACCAGUCGCUUUCCCACGUGGGUUUUGGCUGCCUGUUCCCCCGUGGGCAGGCGGCAGGAGAUGGGGGCACACGGGAGGUCCCCCUGCUCGGGAUGCUCCGUGUGCUGCCUGGUUUGCCCCUUAGCAGCCUCUCCCCCUACUGCUGGCAGGAGCCUGCGAAAGGGCCCGUAAAUUGGGAUUAUCCUGGAAGGUAAAGGUGAGGGGGAAAAAGAGAAAUAAUUGCAGAGCCCAGAGGGAUUGGUUUGUGAGCAAGGAUUAAAAGAAUCCAGCAUGUCCAAGCUGGCUCAGCGCAGGGUCUGUAUUCCAUGAAUACCCCAGAGCACUAAGGAGAGAAGUGGACAAGUGAGUUUAUUUUCUGUGCAAGUUGAGCAGAGGAGGAAAGGGAAAGCAGCAGGGGCACUUUGCAAACCAGUGAGCUAUUACACUUUUGACUGACUUCCGAGGGAAGCGGCAGAAACAUCUCUGCUUCCCUCAUCUGAAAAGGCGUCAGCAGGAUGGUGUAGGGAACGGCACCGUGCUGAAAUAACCCGCCACGGGUCUGCUCGUGAGGGUCGACAUGAAUUAUGGAUCUUUACAGGCAAUUAUACGGAAUGAAGCAACAUAUCCCCUUGGAGCAAAGUGCUUGUAAUCUAUUGCCUUGUUCGAAUCCGACUUUUCAGUUACUCCUUUGGGAAGAGGAAGCCUCAGAUCUCACAUGGCGUUUUCUUCGCACUUGCAGCAAACUGGACUCGAGGUUUGGUCAGGAGGGGGCAGUGACUUUGCCUUAGAUGAAAUGAUUUCACAUCCCUCUCAUUGCCCCCUUCCUCCUACAAGGCCGGUUGGUGUUUGGAUUCUCCAGAUCACUUCGUUUCAGGUAUUUCGACAUCAAAGUGGGAGACGUCAUUUUUCCGGAAUCUCUCUGCCUGGUGUCACUGCUUAAAUAAUUCCAUUUAAUCUUCUGCUCAUGAGCUAUCAAAGCACCCACUCCAAGGGGGAGCAAGGUGCUAAUCAAACGCUUCUCCACCUUGAAAGCCUUUAUUAAAAACCCAUAUACAAGAGUCUAACUUAUAGGCAAGCUUGUCUCUGCAUGAGCCCCGCUGUGGAGCACCACAACGCUGCAGCCCACCAAAGUACAGAGGAUGUGGACGUCAAAUAGUCCACGCUUUGCCAUUAAGGACACGUUUAUAUUCAGAGGGAGACGGGAGAAAUCAGCAUGGCCAAAGUGCCGGAGCCCCAGUGGGAUCCAGCAUGGACCAGUCUGCUGCUGCGUGAAGACCCAACCAUGGGAACCAGCGCUGAGAAGCAAAAUCACUGCCACGGCCUUGGUGCUGGUGGGCAGCGUCCCGGGCAGUGUCGGGGAGGUUUGUCCCUGAAGGAUAAGGUGCCUUCUCCCGGGGUCACGGUGCUGUGGCACAGGGGGGGAUGGCGAGUGCAGCCGCUCGAGGCGGUGGCAACAGAGACCUUCAUCACAGCAGUGCCUUCAACACACUGUCUUAAAAUCCUAAUGGCCCAUCCCCACAUACUCUCCUACCUUCAACUGGACUUCACCAAAAAUGUCAUAACGUAGGAAACAAUUCGGGUGGGCACGUGGAGGACAAAAAGCAAGAGGGCUUAAAGCUCUGGGGUGGCGUUCCCGAGCGCUGUUGACUCCGAGCUCCUCGGCGAGAGUCGUUUAAGUCUGUGCGGAAAGGGUCAGAGCCCUUCCCUCCUCCGGCGGGCACCACCUACACACGGGGUCAUUUCCAGAAGUCCCGAGCAGCCAGCGAGGAUGAGGAGCACCGAGCUGCCCACUGCCCUCGCCCCGUCCGCAGGGCAGCAGGUUGGCAAAGGGCAGAGCAGCUCCCGGCACGGUCCCUGCGAUGCUCCGGUCCAAGCCUGUGCCUCCAGCCUGUUCCCUGACAGCAGCCCAGCUGCGUUCUCGCCUCUCACUGGCUCUUCUCCAUCCAGUCACAGUGCUGUCAGAGCUCACCUGGCCGGGGACUCGGCUCGCCAAACGAAAUGAAUCUAAAAUAGACUGACUUGAAUAAGCUGGGGCAUCAGGGAAAGCUCACGAGUGACUGUACCCUGGAGAGAAGAAAAAAAUAUUCCGAGAAGGAUAAAAAACUGACAUCAAAGAUGCAUUAAAAUGCUUCAGCCAUCCUGUUUCAGAAUUGCGUUUGUAGGAUAAACCGCAGCCGAUAACCUGUUGUAUAUAGUUGUGUGCGCUGGGUAGGGCUGAGGGGGCAGCCCCGUCCGUAGUGAAUGUGUCUUCAGUGCAAACACCCCCAUCGCCCCGGCCUCCUCCCCGCCUCCGCCCCAGGCCAGGAGGCAAAGCACUGGUGACAGCUAUGAGGCCACCCAUAUCCACGUGGACAGGAUGUAUGUUGUUUUUUUUUUUUUAAUUAGACGUUUCUGUGUGGAAAUACCGGAGUCAGAGGUGCCGGUGUGCGCUGGGAGGAAGGUGCCAUUCAGGACCCUUUGAGCUGAGCAACCCUGAAUGUGCAAUUUAAACGUAGGCUGGUCAGAUUAGAUUUGAAGGGGUAAAGGAGAGGAGUCUUCGAAGGGAUUUUCGCUGCCUGGAAGGCUUUGUGCAGAGCUUCUGUUCACCAGGAGAAAGCCCCAGCCUGUUGUGGGCAAGGCAGGGCUGCGGGUGGUGCCUCCACCUUCCUGGCUCCUGGCAGAAAACGCUGGGUCUUGGCACACACCCGGCAGCCCGGGUGCUUCACUGGGUGCUGGGGGCCGUGGCGGGAGGUGGGGGGCGAGGGCAGCGGGGCAGCACAGACCGACUGCUCCCUGGCUGGGAAAGCGGCUCCUCGUCCGCUGCGGCUGCACCGGGAGCAGCUCGAAGGCAGCUGAGGGUGUUUCGGCCGGGCUGUGAGCACGGCGGUGUCUGUGUGCUCGUUCUUUGAGAUCCCCGUUUUCCCCCGUGUUACCCAUUCCUCUCCUUCUUUCUUUGUAAAAGUGGAAUAUAAUACCGAAAAAAACAGACGUUCCUGCAGCGCAUAAGAACACGCUCAAAAGACCCGCAGGGUCCAUCCAGUUGCACGGACAAUAUCCCAAACUCUGGGCCUCCCGAGGCUGCCAAAUCAAAUACGAGAUCUCCUGUAUGGCCUUUCCUUUGAGAUUUUGAAUACCUCUCUUUCAAAUAAGCUUGGAAGUUUAUGCAACAGCUUCUCCAUCAGAUGUUUCCAUCUCACGAACUGGGCAGCAGGAAGAGGAGCCGUCGGAAAGUUCAUUUGCUGAUGAGCUGAUUUUGCCGAGUUAUUUCGUAGCUUCAGAAGAUACCGGCAGGAAAAUUUCCUUCUCAUUGAGGAGUGUUUCUGUGUUCAUGGCACCUCGGGGGCUCUUACGGAGAGCGGUGGGAAGCAGCAAGGGGAAGGGAAAUGUACAGGUACUAAAGCUUCUGGAGUCCCCAGAAAUGUCACAGAAAGUAGAGAUAUCAGCCGUGGAACAGAUGCUGAUUUCUUCUGCCCCUCUCCUUAAAAUAAACACACGCCAGUUUUUAGGGGACUUGUGUAUUGGCAGGAAUAAUGAAUUGGUUGGUGUCCGUACCCAUUCCACCGUAUCGUUCUCUGGCUCCUCCCCUCCCCAUUAUACUUGACACACUGGAGUUCUGUAUUAUAUUUUUUUUAAGAUGAUUGUCUGUUUUUUUGUUGUUUUUACAAGUGUUGUGGAAAAAAAAAAAAUGUAAGAAAGUUUAAGUAUUUAAAAAUGUUCCAAGGAAAAAGGGGGUUUUGUUAUUAUUCUAAUAUAUUAUUGUGUACCUAUUGUAAAUAUGAAACACUCCUAUUUUGCAAGCCAAGGACUCACUUUGUACUGUUGUUAUAUAUAAAUAAAGUUUACUGGUUAAAAAA